AUGGUGGGGGUUUAUUCUCAAUCUUUGAGGAAACUGUGGAAGGAGUGGAACGUUCGAACACUUGUUUUAGUAAGCCUUACAUUUCAAGUCGUUCUUAUAUGUUUUGGCAGUCGUAGAAAGUAUGAUCCUAAGCUAUGGAUCAGAAUUGUAGUUUGGUGUGCAUACUUAGCAGCAGACUCCGUGGCAACUCUUGCUUUAGGCGCAAUUUCAAGUGAACUGGUAGACGUGUAUGACAAUUCUGGCAAAGUGAAUCCAGAUGUUGAGCUAAACGCAUUCUGGGCACCAUUUCUGUUGCUGCACUUAGGUGGCCCUGAUACCAUUACUGCCUAUGCUUUGGAAGACAAUGAGUUGUGGUUGAGGAAUCUUCUUGGACUAUUUUCCCAGACAGGUGUCGCACUUUUUGUCUUCCCCCUAGCAUGGACAGGGUCUCGUCUUUCAGUUCUAGCCAUUCUGAUGAUUUUGGUUGGACUUAUUAAGUAUGGAGAAAGAACAUGGGUACUUUGGCGUGCCAGUAGCGAGCAGCUGGAGAAAUUCCCCUCAUACAAAGUUAGACAGGAACUGCUUCAUCGUAAUAUUCUUUCUCUUGUUAAGGCGCCUAGCCUAGGUUCUCAAGAAAGCAUAAUAUAUGUGGCUUACCGUUUGAUCGUCUUUUACAUGCCCUGCAUAGUGCAUGCAAGACGUGGUGAUUACAUGUAUGAAGCUGUAUCGAGCGUCAUGGCAGAAAUACCAGCUAAAAACAUUAGCAAACUAAUUGAAGUCGAACUUGGGUUCAUGUACGAUUUGCUUUUCACCAAGGCAAGGGUGGUGUAUACUCCAUGCGGCUUAGCCUUGCGGAUAAUCAGUUUCUUUCUAACUUGCGCAGUACUUGUGCUCUUCUCUAUUGGAGUAACUCAAAAGAAUAGUUACUCCAAGGUUGAUGUUGCAAUAACUUUUGUACUGCUAGUUGGAGCUAUUACAAUAGAUCUCUAUGCUGCAUUUGCGCUACUUUCCUCGAAUUGGACUACAGCUUUGUUGUAUUCACGUACCCAGGAGAACUCUUGCUGCCAAGCCAUUGCUUACUGCCAAAAGUACUUGAACAAAAGUCCAUUGUGGUCUAACUCAAUUUCUCAAUUCAGUCUGUUACGCUUCUGCUUUGGAGAAAAGCAUGUCAGAUUUGGUUGUGUCCUGAAGUACUUCGAUAGAGUUCAUAAGAAACUGGAGCAAAGGGGAUCUAUAACUUACACAGAAGUUACGGAUGCUUUGAGAGAACAAAUUAUUCGUAAAGUGAAGCAGAAAGAGAACGAACCUCGUGAUCAAAUUCAAGGAGUUCUAGUUGAGGAACUCAAUCCAUACAAAGGGAGAGAUAUAAAGCAGAAUAUUAUUGUCUGGCACAUUGCUACGGAACUUUGUUACUACUUGGAAGAAGAUGCAGAAGCAGCAGCAAACGUUCAAUCAGAGCAGCGCGAAAUCAUUCUUCACAUUUCACAAUAUUUGCUGUCUCUCUUGGUCUUAUAUCCAUCCAUGUUGUCAGCAGAAGUGAAUGCAGAUUUAUUUGAAAAAACUUGUGGUUUUGCCAGUGACAUUUAUAAAGAAAUGUCUAGAGCCGGAUUCAAAGACAUUUCGCUGCCGAUUAGAAAAUCAAAAUCAGAAUCAGACGAUUUCCGUAAACUUUACCAUGGAUUGCGAUCUUACGACCAACCUAUAGAAAAUCCAGCUGAUUGCUUUACAGAGGGAGGAAAUCUUAUUCCUGCAGCAGUUUGGCUUUCAUUAAAAUUGGAUGAGAUAUCAAACAAGCAAAUGAAAUGGAAGAUCAUCAGUGAUGUUUUGCUGGAAAGGCUCCUCUACGUUGCAUCUCAAUGGAAAGGAAACGAGCAUGCACAGCAGUUGAGAAGAGGUGGAGAGCUUCUUACUCAUGUUUGGCUUCUCAUGUUAUAUCUGACUGUUGUUUAAUUAUGACCAGUGGUGUUGUUGGAGUG